AGAAGACAACAGACACUGUAACAGUGUUUCAUCUCACAACAAGAGGACUCCACUCUAAACCCACUCUGAAGAUGCUGUGCUCUCAUGGAUUCCAGUCUGCCCUCAGUCCAUUCAGCUUCUACUGGCCUGUACGCAGUCUGUGGCCAGAGGUCACACCUCUGCUCUACCAGCAGGAUGGACUGCAGAGAAACCUACAGGAGCUGUGCAGCAGUCUGGAGCUGAUGGAAAAACUUCAACACAACAUCCUGGAGGAGACGAAGCCUUUCCAAAGCAGUGUGGCCGUGCAGCCAGUCUCCUACCAGCUGGAGAAAGAGGGAGAGCACUUUAACCUGACUCUGGACACUCAAGGCUUUUCCCCAGAGGAGCUGUCUGUCAGGCAGGUGGGCAGGAAGCUGAGAGUCAGUGGGAAGACAGAGAAGAAACAGGAAGACGGGAAGGGCUCCUACUCUUACAGACUCCAGGAGUUCAGACAGGAGUUUGAUCUGCCUGAAGAACUGAACCCUGAAGCCGUCACCUGCUGCCUGGCUCCAGACGGGAAGCUCCGCAUCCAGGCAGCCAGAGCUCCAUGUGCUGAGGAGGCUGAGAGAGAGCUGACUAUCAAGAGGAGCCUGGAGGAGAAAACACAGCAGAGUGUGUGUUCACACACAGAGGACAGCAGCACAGAGACAGACAACAGCACACAGGACAAACCUGAACACAUGGACUGAUCACAGUGUUGUUGUGCCAAUGAGAAGUCUUUUAUAUGGAUGAAUGAUGAUUAUAUAUUCCUUUGUGUGUUUGAAUGUAGAACAGAACAUUAUUAAAUAAAUGUAUUUCAACCAAUCAUUAUUUCUUUGGUAAGUUUUUUUUAAACUUCUUUUGACACAAA